UGUGCCCCGCUUUGAAAAAAAAAGCCUGGGGAGAAGGUCUAUCCACUUCGAGUGAGUUUUUCUAAGCUUGUCGAGCACGUUGGUGCGGCACUCUCGCCGCGCUGGGAAUGCUUCCGGCCUGCGGCGUUGCCCGAAUGCUGCAUUGCCAUUCCCUGUGGUGUAGGCGAGCUAAUUGCAGCUUGAGCUGACAAGGGAGUUCCUCGCGUCGAGUGAGGAAUUUGAGAUUUGACGGAGUGUUGUCGGUGUCCGCGUCGGCGCUUUGGGUUUGGAGAUUGACAAUUUGAGGUGUGUUUUAGUGGAAUUAUCUUCCAUUGAAUCCCAUUGAAUCCUUAUCUUGGGAGGAGCAGCGCUUUCUCAUGGCGCUCACUUCCCAUUCUAGCUCAGGUUCGGUUGAGGGAAAGAAUGGAGUAGGAGACACUCGCAGAAGCGUCCAGGUUAAUAAAGUCUUCUGGAAAGCCUCAAACCCCAGGGGUUUCCGUCUGCAGAAGCUCAUGAGCGAUGACCACCUUGCAGGUAUGCUCAAUGCGGUCGAAAAUGCAUUUCAAAUCGGUCAGAGGGCCUAUGAUAAGAAGCUUCAGCAGGGCUUUCGCUUGACUAAGUUUUGCAGAAUUGAGUUGCCCAAUGCGUGGCAAUGGAAGAGUCGCCAAACAUCACGAGGCAUUCAUCAACAGAAGCCCUUGGGAACCGCUGUUUUAUCUACCAGAAUGACGGCGUUCCCUGGUGCAUUAACCGCUAACGCAGCAGGGGGUGGCAGUCAGGAGAUAGAUGAGUUGGAGGCGCAAUUUAGAGUUCCAGAAGUUCCUGGUUUUGAUAAGCUACUAAAGCAUCCUCUGGCUCUUAUAAGUUUUGUGCCAAGAGAGGUGGCUCUGUUCUUUGCGGGAGCUAUGGCUGGUGCAGCUGCAAAGACAGUUACAGCUCCAUUGGAUAGAGUAAAGCUUCUUAUGCAGGUGCACGGAGUACGGAUGGCACAAGAAGGUAGCAGCAAGAGCAUUGGACUCCUGGAGGCAGUAUCUCACAUAGGGAAUCAAGAAGGCAUGGCAGGUUUUUGGAAAGGAAAUGUUCCACAGGUUGUCCGUGUCAUACCUUACAGCGCUGUACAACUCUUUGCAUAUGAAGCUUACAAGAAAUUGUUCAAAGGUGAAGAUGAAGAACUUUCAAUUGUCGGUAGACUUGCUGCAGGCGCAUGUGCUGGCAUGACCUCUACUUUGGUGACAUAUCCAUUGGAUGUAUUGCGUUUGCGGUUGGCUGUUGAUUCAACUACGAGAUCGAUGGGUCAGGUGGCGGGAACAAUGCUUCGAGAAGAGGGAUUAAAAUCAUUUUACAAAGGGCUGGGACCAUCUCUAUUGGGCAUUGCACCAUAUAUCGCUCUUAAUUUCUGCGUGUUUGACUUGGUCAAGAAAUCUCUUCCAGAGGAAUUAAGGAAAAAGCCUGAAGCGUCAUUUCUGACAGCCUUAGUGUCGGCCUCCUUCGCUACGACCAUGUGUUAUCCGCUUGACACUGCACGGCGGCAAAUGCAAAUGAAGGGCUCACCGUUCAACUCUUUUCUUGAUGCUAUUCCAGGUAUUGUUGCUCGAGAUGGUUUCCAUGGUUUGUACCGCGGUUUUGUUCCGAACGUGCUGAAAAACCUCCCAAACAGCAGUAUUCGAUUGACGACCUUUGAUGCUGCCAAGAAUCUAAUUACCGCUAGCCAGGCUGAGUACCAGAGAGUUCUCGAAGAGCAUCAGAAAUCUUUCACCAGUUCUUAGACGUCGACAUUAUUUUUAAUUCAUUUACUUAGUCCACAUUUACAAUUUUGGCUUGGAUGGUAGUCACUUUAUUCAAUUGAAGAUUCCCAACCAUUUGAGGAUGCUUGUCAAUGAUGGGACAAACCUUUUGUAGGCUAGGACAGUGUAUCCAGAAAGUGACAGUCUUGGCUGACUUUUUAGUUAUUGAUAACACAUUCAAAUUGUCCAUGCAGAUCCUUCACCACGAUCCGCCGUAUCCUACCACCCGUAUUCUAUUCGUAGAUCUUAGUGUUAACUGACCACCUGCUUUUAGUUCAAGAGAUAGUGUGGUGCCCAGGCGAGACCAGUGUGUGAAGGAAUUUCGAUACGAGUCACCUUUUACUAUUUUUUCGUUAAACUCGAGAAAAUAUCAACUUUUUACUGUCAAUGAAGGAAAUUUAUUGCAAUUUCAUAGUGACCCAAGGUACUCAUUGACAAGGAUUCAGUUUAUGUGUCUUCACCUUGACAAGUGAUAGACUUGCAUGGUAACUAUAGUAAAGUUAAACAGUCUUAGUGACAAGUGGGUGUCGGUGGAAUUUGUGCAUGCUAGAUGUGACACCUUCGUCGACAUUAACCUCAGCAGUAGUAAGAUUGUGACGAGCUGUACUCCUUACUGAGAUGGUGCUGAUAAAUCCCAGAGUCAGCUCAUACAUUUGGGCGACCACGAGUCUCCAGUCCAGUAUAUUUGUGGCUGCUCGUGUUGGGAGUUGGGUGUGGGCGAGGCUUGAAGACUCAAGGAACUCUCCAACAAGACAAGCCGCAUCGGUAAAAUACUCGAUAAAUACUUCCAGUUGUGGGGUUCUUUACUGCAGGGAGCCCUAUUGGUUGAAGGUAACCAGUUGGGAGAGACGAUCCCCCAGAUGUAGUGCUGUUUUGAAGCAGACGAGUAGGAGCUCUUCAGAUCUUCAUUGGAGGCUGCCAUGCCUCAGAAGCAUUUGAGAGUAGCACAAGAACCUCUUUCUUCACUCUGGGUUUUCUUUUAUGCAUUGAAGGUCAGCCGUGUGCAUUGCAAUGUUGCAGAAUGGGUCCCAGAUCCCGAGUUGAUGUGGUGAGAAAGACAUGUUUGUUUUCUCCAAAAAACAAAAAUAAUCACAAAAGCACAUCACUUUCUUUUCUUUU